CAGAUUGUGAAACUCUGACUUGGCUACCGCUGAGGCAUCGGCAUCAACGAACGUAGCAUUAUAAAAACCGGUAGGAGAGCCAGAGGAAAGCACAGAUUGGAAAAACAUAAAAGAUGAAAGCAGCCGUAUUUUAUUUCCUUCCAAUGGCCUUGGCCUUGGUCUCUUUUGCCGAGAAGCACAAAUGCAACCAAAAGUGUGGCAACAUGAGCGUGCCUUUCCCAUUCGGGCUCGACGAAAGUUGUGCAUGGAACCCCAAACUCGUCCUCACCUGCAAGCAUGCUUUAACUCCCCCGAAGCUGUACCUCACCGGCGAUAUUCCAGUGCUCGACAUAUAUGUGGAGAACGAGACGAUGACCGUUAGUGGGAAAAUAGCUUUCGACUGUUAUGACAAGAAUGGCCAUCAGCUUGACGGCUCUCACCCUGACAUAUUGAUUCCACUGGACGAAGACGGGCAAUAUACAUUCUCAGACACCCGCAAUAGGUUCACUACCUUUGGUUGCGAAACCAUGGGAACGAUCAUGGCCCCAGACGGUAUCAUGGGGAGUGCAUGCGUUGCCUAUUGCCUCGAGGACGUCAACUUCAAGGCCAAGGGCACUUGCUCCGCCCGGGGGUGCUGUCAGACAUCGAUCCCCGGGAUCAUGAGGAACCUCAGUAUAUCCCUGCAAAGCUUAACGAACUACACCUCAGUUUCGAAUUUCGGCUCUUGCGGAUCAGCGUUCUUAGUGGACCAGGAAUCGUUUAAUGUCUCCGAUUACAAGCUUCCUGUCCCGGCUGAUAUGCGCAAAGACAUUUUCCCAAGGGUGGUCCUGGAUUGGGUAGUUGAACGGAAUUUGACCUGUGAGAAAGCGCGAUUGAACCCAUCGAGCUACCCCUGCGGCGCCAACAGUAACUGCUCUGACUUCGGGAAAGAGGGUUAUCGUUGCUUCUGUAAGCCUGGGUACGCGGGGAAUCCCUAUGUCCUCCCGCUGUCCCCACGGUCCGCGGGAUGUGAAGACAUCGACGAGUGCAAGGAUCCAGGACGAUAUCCAUGUCAUGGGAAUUGCAAGAAUACAGCCGGGGACUACACAUGCCACUGCCCGUUUGGCAUGUAUGGUUAUGGCAAAGUCAGUUGCCAAAUUUCUCGUCUUGCCAUAAUCGCCAUAAUCGCUGCAGUCAUUGUAGCGGUAAUGUUGUGCAUAGUUGUUAGUGGCCUAGUCUUGCUCAUAUGCAAGAGGAGGGCCAAGGAGAGACACUUUAGGCAAAAUGGAGGAGAGAUCUUGAAGCACCAGAGAGUGAAGAUCUUCAGUGAGGCAGAGUUGGCUAAAGCCACCAACAAUUACGAUGCUAGCAAUAAGCUCGGUGAGGGUGGCUUUGCUUCAGUUUACAGAGGAAGAAUCGACGGUGACAUUUUAGUCGCGGUCAAGAAGCCUAGAGAUGUCCCUAUCAAGAAACCAAAGGACACGAACAAGGACGGCUCUUUGAGCACUCAUGAUGAAUUUCUACACGAAAUUGGCAUCAUUUCACAAGUGAAUCAUAGGAACUUGGUCAAGCUCAUGGGCAUAUGUUUGGAGACAAAAGUGCCAUUGUUGGUCUAUGAAUUCAUCCCCAAUGGGACUCUCUAUUACCACAUUCAUGACAAGGGAUCAACGGUCUUGCAAUCAUGGAAGAAUUGCCUCAGGAUUGCCUUGGAAGCCGCCUUGGCCCUCGAAUACUUGCAUUCCCUGGCCGACCCGCCAGUCAUUCAAAGCGAUGUCAAGUCUUUGAAUAUACUUUUGGAUGAGAAAUACUCUGCUAAAAUAUCUGAUUUCGGAGCCUCGGUUUUGAUAUCACCCAGAAAGACCCAUAUAGCCGAAAGAAUACAAGGCACGAUAGGUUAUCUCGACCCUGAGUAUCUCACCACUGGGGAAUUAACCACGAAGAGUGAUGUUUAUAGCUUCGGGGUUGUCCUCGUGGAGCUCCUUACUGGAGAGAUGCCGACUCGGCAUAGAAAAUCUGGGGAAAAAAUCAAUAUCAUCUAAUCUUUCAUCUCUGCCGUGGAGGACCAAACACUCCUCCAUAUGAUAAAGUUUGAGCCAUCCAAUGAAGGUGAAGUGCGGGAGAUUGAGGCAGUCGGUUCGCUCACUAGAAGGUGCUUGAACUAUAAUGGCGUGAGUAGGCCAACAAUGUGGGAAGUGGCCGAGCAACUGGCUAGGAUCAACAAGAACUUGUGGGCCGAUCAACAAAACAACGAAGAGACUCAAAGUUUACUCAACGAGACGAGAUGCGAUUCUCUCUUGACUUCAGUGAGUGCCAUGAACAAACCGGAGUCGACUAAUCUUUUAGUAUUUGACAUCGAGGCGGACACAACUAGUUCUAGCGUCUGAUUCAUGGUUUCUAGUGCAGGGCUAUGUACAAGAACAAAACCAAUGGUCAUAUGUUCGUCCUUGAUAUUUUGAUUGAGGUCCUGAUUAAGUAACUAUUUUGAAGUCUUUAUAAGGGAUGACUGUAUUUUAAAUAAAGUACGGUGGAUUAUGCUUGA